GUUGGUUGUUUCUUAGGGUAGCUUGUAGUGGAAGUUGAUUUGGGCUGGAGGAGAGGGGGAGAAGGAGAGAGCUGAAUUAUUUUUGAAAAGCUUUUUUGACAGGUGUGUGGCAAGGACAUGGCUCAAGAAACUAAUCAUUCUCAGGCUCCCAUGCUUUGUUCCACUGGUUGUGGAUUUUAUGGAAAUCCUCGUACAAAUGGAAUGUGUUCAGUUUGCUAUAAGGAACACUUACAAAGGCAAAACAACAAUGGAAGAGUCAGUCCUUCAGCAUCAGCUCUAAGUAGUGUAGGAGAAUCUUUACCCGUUCAGUGUACAGAGGACAGCACCCCAGAAGUGCAGUCGUCAACAUCAACACUAGUCCCCACAUCAAGUUCAUCUACAGAGUCCAGUUCUAGUUCUGUGCCUUCACAAUCCAGCGUGUCACAAACUGUAGAAGAAUCUCAUGUGCAGUCAACAACAGAGGGUACCACGAUAACUAAAACGGAAGAAUUACAGGAAAUGGAAAAUGCCAACAGCAUGAUGACAGACAGCUUGAACCAGCAUCACCCAUUGAAUAGUUCAGACAGCCUCAAGCAGGAUCAUCCAUUGAAUAGCUCAGAUUUGUGUGAUCCUUCUAAUUAUUCAGAGACAGGGUACAGUGAUGAUGCCAGCACAGAAAGUGAAGUAGAUGAUUUUAUUGAAGAAGUUUCAAGCAAGGCAAAACGAAGGCUAGUUGACAAAGAUGUAAAACUAAAUAGUAUAGUAGCAACUGCAGACAGCACACAGGCUACAACUGAAGGUCAGGACAAGUCACCUGAUAAACCCAAACAAAAGAAGAAUCGUUGUUUCAUGUGUAAGAAAAAACUGGGUCUCACGGGAUUUGAAUGCAGAUGUGGAAAUGUAUUCUGUGGCACACAUCGGUAUUCAGACAAGCACAAUUGUUCUUACGAUUACAAAGCUGAUGCAGCUGAAAAAAUUAGAAAGGAAAAUCCUGUUGUUGUUGGGGAAAAGAUCCAGAAGAUUUAGAAAACAUUAUUUUUGAAGGGCAUAACCAUUUCUAACCAUCUACAUACUAGACUGACUUUUUUUUUUUUUUUUUUGUUUUUAGCCAAUCUGAAUCUUAAGAGCAGCAAAUCUUAUUGUAGAUUUUUAUAUCAUGCAUGCCAUCACAAAAAUACAGUUUUCUUUGAAGUGGCUAUUUAACUUUCAGGUUUUUGUGGUUGAAGGAAUUCCAUGCUAAGGAGAACUAUUUUAAAACAUAAUUUUAGAAGUGUGCCGAAUCCGUAUAUAUAAUAUAUAAAAUAUAUAUUAUAUAUAAUUUACAUUAUGAGAUGACUGUACUUUCCAGUAUUAAAAACGCGCAUGCUGUUCUUUGCAAUUAUUUUCUUAUUGUAUAUACCCUUUUUUCCUGCCACACCAUUUUUCUUUUGAUAGUGCUCAUUAUGGCACAGCUAAUAAUCAGUUAACUGAAUGUAUAAUCAUUAUGGCUGUUUUUCUUUCUUCAUUAACAAUGGGUAAACUAUACUUUGGCAUAUUAGCUUGUUUGCUCCCACUACUUAUUUAUAUACGAUUUGGAAGAGUGUAUGCCAAAGCUUAAUUUGUGUGUAUGUGUUUUUGAGUGUGUAUAUAUUAUAUAUUUUUUGAGUGGAGAAAGUGUGUAUGUAUUUCAUUGCCGACAGCAAGUUUCCCUGGGGUAGUUAAAAAGUCUGAGUGUACACAAAUAAUGAAGAAUGAUAUGAAAUAGUUGUGCUGUAUUUAUAUUAGUUCAGCAUCUUACCUUUGAUUAAAUAAAGUGGGGGAAAAAUA